UGGUAAUCGUGUUGAAACUCGCAACUGUGACGGCGACAACAGCGGCAACAGCAGGUAAUCAAGGUGCUCGGCACGCUCGGCCGACCAUGCCCGCCACCCAUCGCAGAUGACCGAUUAUGCUCCUCCGGCCACUUGAUGCCGAUACAGAAGCCUCGCGAUGCUGACAUACCUGGCGUUCUCACCGACUUUUAAACUCUUCCGUCGCUCACAUCACCUCAUGUCGCGCCAUGACGACUCUCGAUAUCGAAAAGCAGCGCGGAGAGCCGCUCGACGAUCAUGACCCGCCCAUCUCAGUAUCCGAGGGGUCGGAACCGCGUGCCGAGAAGCCGUUCAGCGCCUUCUCGGAGCACACAAAGUGGUUCAUCAUCACACUUGCUGCCCUCGGGUCCAUUUGCUCACCCAUAUCUACGAACAUCUUCGUGCCCGCCAUCCCGAUGCUCGUCAACGCGUUCAGCGUGUCGCCAGAGAAGAUCAAUCUUCUGAUCACCUUGUUCAUGGUCUUCCAGGGGAUCACGCCGGCAUUCUGGGGCGCCGCGGCGGACACGUACGGACGGCGGCCCAUCUACAUCCCCACACUCGGAAUCUUCGUCGUCUCCUCCAUCGUCACUGCAUUGUGUCCGACAAAUGCGUACUGGCUGCUCCUCCUCAUGCGGAUCGUGGCAGCUUCAGGCGCGAGUGCCACCAUCGCCGUGGGCUCUGGCGUCAUCAGCGACGUUGCAAGGCCGCAAGAACGGGGCAAGUAUUUCGGCUUGUUCAAUGUCACCAUGAACGUUGGGCCGAGCUUAGGCCCGCUUCUUGGUGGUGUGCUGGCCGGUACACUGGGAUGGCGCUCAAUCUUCUGGUUCCUCACAAUCAUGGGUUGCGUCAUUCUCGCGCCGAUGAUUCUGUUUAUGCCUGAGACAUUGCGCGCGCUCGUUGGGGACGGGAGCGGCACCCCUCCUCGACUCAAUCGCACACCGGCACAGGCCAUCCAACACAAAAAGGCGAAGAAGGCUGGCGAGACGACAAAGGCUGUAGCGUAUGGGCGGUACAACCCACUCACAAGCUUCUUGCUACUCAAGGAGCCCGAUCUUCUCCUUAUGCUCCUGUGGGGAAGUGUGUAUUAUUCACUAUACUACUCCGUCCUGACAAUGUUCUCAACACUGUUGAAGGAGUACUACGGUUUUGGCGAGGUGAUGAUCGGUGUUUGCUACAUUUCACAGGGCGCUGGAAUCGCGAUCAGCAGCGUUUGGACAGGCAGCAUCAUGGACCGGCUGUACCUCGCGGAGAAAGCGCGAGUCGGCGGCGACUAUCGCGACUGUCCAGAGUUUCGUCUUGAGCGCACCCGCUUGAUGAUCCUGCCCGUGCACGCAGCCCUCAUGAUCAGCUCGUCGCUCGCUCUGGGUUGGACAAUGGAGAAGCGAGUGCAUGUGUCUGUGCCCAUCAUUCUCACCUUCGUGUUCGGGGUCGGCAACGGCUUCUUGACAACGACGAAAAUCUACAGCGUCGACCUAAUGCCGGGCAAGGGCGGGGCAGUCACUGCGUCGUUCAACUUUACGCGAUGCCUCAUCGGCGCGGCGUACGUCGGCACGGUCCAGAUCAUCAACCGCGAGAUUGGUGCCGGGUGGAUGUUCGUUCUCCUCAACGGGUUAUGCCUCCUUGUGACUCCAUUGCCGCUGAUUGUGGUGCGGUAUGGGCCGCGUUGGCGCGCGCGGAGAGCAGCAGCUGCGAUGGAAAGGAAAGCGAAGUUGGCGGCAGGACGGGGUGACGCGGAGGCGAUAGCGACCUCGAGUGAGAUCAAGGCAUAGAGGACGGGGGGCGAUGGGAUGGGAGUAGAGGCUGAUCUUGACGUGUACAGUAGAUGUACAACAGUACGAGAAAUAAACAAGCUAUCGG